AACGCCAAGAUCAAGAAGGAGUGGCUGGAGGUGCUGGAGGAGACCAAGCGCAACCGGGCCCUCAGUGAGAAGCGACGCCUGGAGCAGGAGGCCCUGCCCCGGCCUGCUCCGACACCCCCUGAGUCCACCAAUCCCUUCGAGGAGGACGAUGAGGAGGAGGAGGAAGAGCCCUCUGCUGAGGAGGAGGUGGUCGACCUCUCCCUUGAGUGGAUCCAGGAGCUGCCAGAGGACUUGGACGUCUGCAUUGCUCAGCGGGACUUCGAGGGGGCGGUGGAACUCUUGGAUAAACUCAAUGACAACCCCGUCAGCCAGCCUGUGAAGGAGCUGCGGGCCAAGGUGGAUGAGCGGGUCCGGCAGCUUACGGACGUGCUGGUGUUUGAGCUGUCUCCAGACCGCUCGCUGCGAGGAGGGCCACGGGCCACCCGCCGAGCCGUGUCCCAGCUCAUUCGCUUGGGCCAGUCCACCAAGGCAUGCGAGCUCUUCCUGAAGAACCGGGCGGCCGCGGUGCAGACAGCCAUCCGACAGCUGCGCAUCGAGGGCGCCACGCUGCUCUACAUCCACAAGCUCUGCCAUGUCUUCUUCACCAGCCUUCUAGAGACGGCAAGAGAGUUUGAGACAGACUUCGCUGGUAACAACGGCUGCUACUCCGCCUUCGCUGUUUGGGGCCGCCCUUUCUUUUUUGUAGAUGCCUUCAGUAAGCAAGUAUUUGAUAGUAAAGAGAGCUUGUCGACUGCGGCAGAGUGCGUCAAGGUAGCUAAAGAGCACUGCAAGCAGCUUAGCGAGAUUGGACUGGAUCUCACCUUCAUCAUUCAUGCCCUCCUGGUAAAGGAUAUCAAAGGUGCUUUACAGAGCUACAAGGAUAUCAUCAUCGAGGCCACCAAGCACCGCAACUCUGAAGAAAUGUGGAGAAGGAUGAACCUAAUGACUCCAGAGGCGCUGGGAAAACUCAGGGAGGAGAUGAGGAGCUGUGGGGUAGGCAAUUUUGACCAAUACACGGGUGAUGACUGCUGGGUCAACCUUAGCUAUACCGUAGUAGCUUUCACUAAGCAGACUAUGGCCUUCUUGGAGGAAGCGUUAAAGCUUUACUUUCCAGAGCUGCAUAUGGUUCUUUUGGAGAGUCUCGUGGAAAUCAUCCUGGUGGCUGUCCAGCAUGUUGAUUACAGUUUACGGUGUGAACAGGACCCUGAGAAGAAAGCAUUCAUUAGGCAGAAUGCAUCCUUCCUGUAUGAAACUGUCCUUCCUGUUGUGGAAAAAAGAUUUGAGGAAGGAGUUGGAAAGCCAGCCAAGCAGCUACAGGAUCUGAGAAAUGCUUCAAGAUUGAUGCGUGUAAAUCCAGAAAGUACCACCUCUGUGGUGUGAAGUGACCUAACUGUUCUUAUGAACAGAGUGUGAAAGUACUUACUGAAAGUGUUGUACAUUGAAUAUAUGAACUAAAUGGUUUUUUUGAGUCCCUGGCAAAUGCAGAAGUCUAACUGCUGCAUUCCAGAAGCUGAAGACUUAACAAUCAAAGUCUGCAAGGAUGCAAUGUUUUUCUUGGUGGAUGGCAGGUAGGGAAGCGAGAAUUAGGUCGAGGUCACGUGUCCUUGGACAGUAUAUCCUGUAAGAAUGGCUUGUGUAGUGUUUGUGGCUUGGGAAAUAUGAUAAUAUACAAUUUUUGGCCAGAUGCUUGUGAAAGUCUUAAAUAUACGUACACCAUAUGGCAGGAAAAGA